AUGAGAAUAUUGAUUGUAAUAAUUAUAUCAGUUACUCUCAAUGCAUUCUAAAUCAAUUAGAAUAAUAACUAAGAUUCCUACAUAACUGAUACUAUACAUACAGUGGUAUUAAAAAUAAUUAAAUAGGACAUAGUUAAUCAAAUAGAUCUGAAUUCGUAAAUUAUCAACACAUAAGUUGAAACAUCCUUCAAAUUCAAUGAAAUUCAAUAGAACCAUUCUUAAGAUACUUUAUAAGUGUCAAAUAAUUAAGAAUUAAUACAUUCUGUCUAAUAUUGGCUAGACAAAUUAGAUGAUGAUUAACUCUCCUAAAAAUCAUCUUCCUAUAAUAAUACUUAAUUAUUAUAGGAAAAUUAAUCUAAUCAAUCUGAAUAAUCAACUCAUUCAAGUAGAUUAGCUAAAUAUAUAUAAAUUCAAUAGAUAGAAACAUAAUCAAACUUAUAAAAUUCAUAAUCCAUCUAAACAAAUCCUCCUCCAUAAAUUGAAGAAAAAAACCCUUUGAAAUUGUUACUCUUAUAUACUGAUAAUCCUAAAUCUUAAAAUUAUGAUAAUGAUGAUGAACAUUAAACAUUUAUUACUAAUGAAUAAAUUUUAGAUCAAUUAGAUAAAGAAAAAUAAGAUAAAAUCGUUAAAAUGUAGAGUCUCAUUAUAGAAUAACUUAAAGAUAAAAAAUUAGAACCAAAAAAAGAAGAGAGUUUUCUAGAAAAAGAUUAUAUUGAAUGGGAAAUGAAAACAUUGAUUAGUAACAACAAUUUAAGAGCUAAAUGA